AUGGUCGCCACUAAUCAGCUCAGCCUCACUGCCCUUCUCUGGCUAAGCCUUGCCAACCAAGGACUUGCCCUAGGCAUUGAUGAAGCUACCAACGAUCUCACACUCAUGGAGAGGAGCCCUGUUCCGAAGCCCCCUAUUGCAAAGGCUGUGACGGUUGGGCUCCCAACCAGCGGGCCGAUUCAUCGCCUAAGGGACGAGGAAGAGGAGCUUGAUACCCGUGAUGAGGAGCUCGAGGAGCGCGAUUACGAGGAGCUUGAUGAACGAGAUUUCGAGGAGUUGGAUGAGCGUGAUCUCGACAUUGAGACCCGUCAGCUCCAUGGUAGUGGACGUCCUGGCCACGGCCCUCGCAAGCAUGGAAGAGAUCUCCAAGAGUCCGAUAUUGAGACUCGCUCACCACGCAGGGCUAUUCCCGGAGGGAACCGUGCCAGCUGGGGCGGCCAGAAUGGUCCUAAGAGGCCACGAGACAUCGAAGCCCGCCAGUUCCAGGGUCGCCGCGGAGGAUUCGGCGGUGGUGCCCCUCAUGGUCGUCACAGGGGUCCUCGGGAUGUAGAGGAGCUUGAUGAGCGCGAUAAUGAAGAGCUUUAUCUUGAGGCCCGUUCACCAGGCAGGGCUAUUCCUGGAGGUAACCGUGCUAGCUGGGGCGGCCAGAGAGGUCCCAAACAGCCAAGAGACAUUGAAACCCGUCAGUUCCUCGGCAGUGGACGUCCUGGACACGGCCCUAGCCACGGCCCUCGCAAGCAUGGACGUAGCCUCGACGUUCGCAAGGGUGGUUUUGGUAAGACGCGUGGCCCAAGACGUCCCCGAAACCUCGAGCACGAGUGA